AUGCGAACGGCGGCGCUUCCCAGGGUCGAUGAGGAACGACACGCGUCCCGUGUCACACAGCGAGCCCGUCCCAGAGCCAGCAACAAAAGCGGCCCCGUGGCGGAGGGGGGACCGCGGGGCAGGACGGGGUACGAAGCUGUGAAGAAGCACUUGGGAGCCGCGGGCGCUCUCUCCAAGCAGUAUUGGCAGUACCUGGCGUGCAAGGUGUGGCAGGAGGGCUGCGAGGAGGAGGAGGAGGAGGAGGAGGAGUCCGGUCCCAGCUGGAGCUUGCCUGUGGUGGGCCAGGAUUACCUGGAGAUCCUCUCUGCCUGGUACUGCAGCUUUGGCAAGUGCUGCAAGACAGGAGACUGCAGGAUAGUCAACAAUAUCACAGGGCUAGAAGCAGACCUCAAUGGGCAGCUCCAUGGGCAGCACUUGGCCAAAGAAGUCGUCAUCCGGGCGGUGCAAGGGUUCCUGCGGAGCCCGCGGCCAGAGAAGGCUCUCGUCCUCUCCUUCCACGGCUGGUCCGGCACAGGCAAGAACUUUGUGGCUCGGAUGGUGGCCAGUCACCUGUACCGGGAUGGGCUGAAGAGCGAGUGCGUCAGGGUGUUCAUCUCGCUCUUCCACUUCCCCCAUCACAAGUACAUGGACUUGUACAAGGCUCAGCUGAAGAAGCAGAUAAGCGAGACUGUGCAGCUGUGCAAGCAGUCCCUGUUCAUCUUCGAUGAAGCAGAGAAACUUCAUUUCAGCCUCCUGGAUGCCAUCAAGCCCUUCAUGGCUCACUAUGACAACGAGGGCCAGGUGGAUUACCGGAGAUCUAUCUUCCUCUUCCUCAGCAAUCUCGGUGGCAACACCAUCAAUGAGGUAGCCCUGGACUUCUGGCGAGCUGGCCGGGCGCGGGAGGAGAUCUCCAUGGAGUUCCUGGAGCAGCGGCUGCGGCUAGAGCUGCAGGAGCCUGAAGAGAAUGGUUAUGCCCGCAGCCACCUCCUCGAAGAGAACCUCAUUGAUUUCUUCGUGCCGUUCCUGCCCCUGGAGUACCACCAUGUGAAGCUCUGUGCACGGGACGCUUUCCUGGCCCGUGGACUUCCGUACACCGAGGCAGCCCUUGAUGAGGUGGCCGGGAUGAUGGUGUUUGUCCCCACGGAAGAGAAGCUUUUCUCUGCACAGGGCUGCAAGUCUGUAUCCCAGCGCAUCAAUUACUUCCUUCCCUGA